ACUUGCGUUACAUGGGAAAUCACAAUGUCGAGGAUUCUUCUGGGCCUGGUAAUGCUUGGAUGCACUGUUGCUGUUGAAGAUGUUCAAGCCUUUGACGACCCGAUCACCAGGCUUGUGAAUGAAAAAGCAGGUGAGCGGUGCUCGGGUAGAGUGGAGGUGCGUCAUGGGCAUCAGUGGGGCACCGUGUGCCAGCGUGGUUGGGAUCUGGAGGAUGCCGCAGUGGUUUGUAGAGAGCUGGACUGCGGCGUCGUGUUGGACAUUUCCAGGCGGCGCUCGUUUUUCGGACGGGCCGGUGGAGAAGUGCUGUGGAGGAAUGUGAAAUGCUCAGGGUGACGAGUUUUUGCCCUGGAUCUGUGACGCACCCUCAAUGAUGAUGUGUGUACACACAGUGAGGAUGCUGGAGUGGAGUGCACAGGAAAACUUCUAGCACCCACCUUGUCAAUUCAGUCUCGCUUCUACACCUAUUCGGCAGCAGAGGCUGUUCACUUUAAAUGCACUGCCCCAUACUGGCAGUAG